GUCUUUGCACCAGCACGUUGACUUUGUUUGUUAGUGAUAUAUAUUCCAUCUCCUCGUGAAAGAAUAGUCAUCUUCUUCCACUCGUGAGCUGAAGGAGAGAAUCAAUUAUCAUCCAGAACAGCUUUCUCUCAAAGACCAAGCCAACUCUUGCAGGAUGUCCUUUGGGGUGACAGCAGCGGCACAAGCAGUAGGGAAUACAGUUGAGCCGGCUACAAUAUGCUGCACAUGGAUAUUCAACUGUUUAAAGCGCAAAUAUGAUGAUGUGAAAAAUUUGGGAAGAAACUACAAGAAGCUUGAGGAUGAAGAAAAAGAUCUCAUAGACAGAGAGAGAGAUGUAAACGAGGAGAUAGCUGGGCGUGCCAGUAUAAUGAGGACGAAAAAUGAAUGCGAAACUUGGCUUCAUCGUGUGGGAGAAAGGAAAGUGGCAAUCAACGCUCUGAAGACAAGGUAUCAAAGCAUCAACCCAUGCCUCGGGGGACUCUGUCCCUUCCCUUCUCUGCUAAGGCUUUCAAGAGAUAUAGCGAAGGAGACUAAGGCGAUAGCAAUCCUCAAAGAUAAAAUGAGAUCGAAGGACUCAAUAAUGGCUCUGACUGCACCAGCAUCCCAGUAUCGAUCAAUAAAGAGACAUGCCCAAAACAUAGACGAUUGUCCAUCACUUGGUAAGCAUGUAGAAGAAAUUAUAGAAUUGCUGGAGGUGAAUGAAUGCAAGCAAAUUUGCGUAUGGGGAUCCUCGGGAGUGGGAAAAACAACUGUAAUGGAAAAUGUGCAUGACAGAGUCAGUGAAACUGAUCAGUUCGAAAUGAUUUUUUGGGUAACAAUGACAACAAAUGGGCGUGAGGAUGAGAUACAACAGGUAUUGGAGGAGAGGUUAGGGCUACUAGUGGAAGAAAAUGCCAGCAACGAGAUAAGAGCAGCAAAUAUAUCUAAUAAGUUGCAGAACAAGAACUAUCUAUUGUUUCUUGAUCAAGUUUCUUUGAAGCCUGAUUUGAAGAAAGUUGGAAUUCAUCAUGACCAUUGGGGAAAAGUGGUGUUCGCGCGUGAUGAUAGGGACAACAGUGACACGUAUGACGAUAUCAGAAUACGAAGACUGUCUGAUGAUGAUGCACAAAAGUUAUUUGACAGAACAGUCAGAGCAGAUGUUAUGAAAAAUCGAGUAAUCGCUCGAAUAGCCAAAUCAAUAGUCAGAGAGUGUGGUGGGAUGCCACAACUGAUCAAGUUGACAGCACGACAGUUAGAAACACGUGAUCCAACACUGUGGCAACAUAAAUUGGAUCAAAUGCAAGCACCAAGUGAGCAACAACAUCAAGAACUAGAAGAAUUCUAUCGAGGUUUUAAACCCGUGUACGAUAAGUUAGAUAAGAGUAAACAACCAUGCUUAUUGUAUUGGGCAGUGUUCCCGUUUGGGGAUGAAAUUCAUCGAGACUACAUAAUUGAGUGCUGGAGAGCUGAACAGUUUUUUACUGGUUUUCCAAAGCUUGGGAAAACACGAGACAGAGGUCACGCCAUCCUAGAUGAAUUUGAAAAAAAAUGUAUUGUUGAUAGAGGAAGAAAGGGAUUUCAUUACAAGAUGCCUCAGAAUUUUCAGCGUGUUGCAUUAAGAAUGGCAAAUGGCAAUAGAGAGAAUCACCAAUUGUUAGUGAGAAAAGGUGAAAUGAGUACAGAGGAAGAAUGGAAACAUGUACAACGGGUCUUGUUGAAUCACCAUCCGGAUUCCACCCUGCCUGUUCAGCCUCAAUGCUUGGAAAUCCUUACCUUGUUGCUGCAAAAUAGGAGCUUGACAUCCAUUCCUAAGUUAUUCUUUGAAUCUAUGAGAACCUUACAAGUUCUGGAUUUGCAUGAGACAGGAAUCGGGUCGCUACCAUCAUCUAUCUCUGCUUUGAGAAAGCUCAAAGGACUCUAUCUAACUGGCUGUGAUGAGUUAAAAGAGCUCCCAGCUGAGAUAGGAAAACUUGAGAGUCUUGAGAUCCUGGAUAUCAAUCGCACUGGGAUUCGCAACCUUCCCACUGAGAUCCAGCAGCUCACUAACCUCAAGUGCUUAAGAGUUUCAUUUGGAGCCCAAUCGACCACGAUACUUCCUCCUGGCACAAUUUCGAAGCUCAUUCAAUUAGAAGAACUCAGCAUUGUCAUAAACCACAAUGUCAAAACAUGGAACAAUGUUGUGGAUGGAAUUGUUAAGGAAAUAGUUCGGUUGAAAGAAUUGACAACUCUUCAUUUCUACUUUCCUACGGUGGACUGCUUAGACGUUUUUAUAAGCAGGAGUGAAUCAUGGAAGCGUCAGAACACAAUGGGUAGUGGUUUCAGGUCAUUCAACAUUGUUGUGGGUUAUCACCAAACAAACAGAGUUAUUGGAAUCGAUAUCUCUAGAUGCUCAUCUGAAAAACACUUGAGGUUCUUUGCAGGUGAUAGUAUCCCUGAUGCAAUUUUGCAGAUACUAAAGCAUGCUAUCACCUUUGAGCUGAUUGAUCAUCAGAAUUUGAUAGACUUAUCCAUCUUCGGGGAUAACUUGAGAGGACUGGAAAUUUGCAAAAUUGAAAGGUGCAACCAAAUGGAAAGCAUAAUCGAUGGUGACAAGGUAGGUGGUGUUGCAUUUCAAUGCCUUGAACAAUUACACAUAAUAAAUAUUCCAAACUUGGUGUAUACAUGGAAGGGCUCGAUGACCACACAGAGCCUAUCCAGUCUCGCAACACUGUUGCUAAAAGGUUGUCCACGUCUAGAAAUUCUUUUCUCAAAGGCCAUGGUUCAACUACUCUCUCAGCUGCAGCAUUUGGAAGUGGAGGACUGUCAAGAGAUGAAGGUGAUAAUUGAGACCGGAAGUAAUGUAUUGAGGGCAUUUCCGAAAUUGAAAACUAUAAAGCUCAGCAACCUACCAAAACUGGCUACUAUUUGGCAGGGUGCCUUAAUGGAGUGGCCCUCUCUGCGGACAAUAGAGAUCCGAGGGUGUGCUAUGCUGAAAGACUUACCAUCUACCAUGGAAAAAGCGGCCAAACUUAAAGUGAUCAGAUGCACCAGAGACUGGAUGAAUCACCUGGAGUGGCCAAGUGACCCUGCAGUUGAAGCUCGUUUCCAAACCAUGUUUCAUUUUGUUUGAGUUAUCACGAACACUGUUGAGUCUUCGACAUUAAAUUGUCCAUUGUUACAUUAAGAUGAAUUUUUGUACACUUGUUCUAUUUUUUCUAUUUUUUUUGUGAAAUUUUC